ACUAUUUUAUGGUAAGAGAACUCUUUAUAUGUUUUAUAAUUAUUUCUUUAUUUUUAGUCAACUCUCUGUUACUAUGAUGCUAAAGAUGCACUCGCUCUUGCCCCUGAGAAUGCAGAAGCUAAAACUUUGAUGGCUUCACUUGAGAAAAAAGCAAAGGACAGCAGACAACAGGCCAUACAGUUACAUCUAAUGGGCAAAAUCAAAGAAGCUCUCUCUAAAAUAUCCACUGCCAUAGAAACCAAUCCAUCAGUGGCAGAUUUUCAUGUCUUUCGUGGUGCGCUUCAUAGAAGGAUGUCUGAUUUUAAUGCUGCCAUAGACGAUUAUCUCUUAGCUAUGGACAAAACGGACCAUGAAGAAUCUAACAGCACAUACAAAGAGGCACAAAGACAACUUCUUCUGUGCUAUAAUGACUUUGCUGUGGAAUGCUUCAGGAAAGGAUUCUAUGAUGAGGCAGUUGUUCUGUUAAACAAAGCAAUCAAAGGGGAAAAAAAUGAAAAAGGACUUUACAUUAACAGAGGAGAUUGUUUUUUCCGCCUGAAUGAGUUGCACUUCGCUCUAUCCGACUACCAACAGGCGCUGGAGAUGGAUAGCAGUGACUGGUCUGUCCGCUGCAGACUGUCCAUUGUCUACAACGAGUUUGGAAUACUGGAGUACUACGACAGGCAUUACCUGGAAGCUAUUGAUCACCUGACCACGUGUAUUCGAUACAACCCGCGCAUUGGAGCUUACUACUUGUCACGUGCCAGGGCUCGUUAUAUGAUAGAGGACUUGGACGGUGCUCGACAUGACGUCCUUGUUUCACUCUAUUUAGACCCUGAGAACAAGGAAAUUGUGUCGAUUUUUUCACGGCUGUUUCCUGGACGCGCGAUAACUGACGUCAUGAAGAGUCACAUGGGAAUAGCAGCCGCACGUCAGGCCGAGGCUUCCAUCCGGGAAACCAACAGUUACCAAGAGCUGUCCCAGCAUGCCACAGGUGUGAAGAAUUCUGAAGCAACAGCCAAGUUUAGCGGUAAAUCUGUUCUACCACCGAUUCGUGGCUCUGUUUUUCCAGAAAUACGAGCCUGUAUGGAGGAACAGGACUUCCACAUCAAUAUUAUAAAGGGAAAGAAAAAGGCUACGAAGGCUUUGCACAAGGCGUUAAGUGCUCGUCAAGAUCUGAGUUUCAAAGGUCCUAGAGUCCAGUCUACCUUAUCAGUGCCAACCGAGAGAAGUCUGGUGAAGUUUGGAGGGCUGACCGAGAAAAGAAGUAAAGAUCAAAAAGCUUUGGUUCACCUAGCGUAGCAGCCAUGAGAGAAAAAAGAAAAAUCGAUUUUUUUGCUGGUAUUGAUACCAAUAAUGGACACGACAAAUUUUUAAACCCAUUCGUUUGAGUCUUAUCAAAGCAGAAAUCCCCCUUGCCAUUGAAAAUCUUUUACCUUAGUUGUGGAUCAGUAUUGUAUUUUAGAGAUUUGAAGAAAAGUUGCAAACAAGUUUGAGAACAGCACAUUUACAUUAUUUAGGAGCAGAUAUUUAUAUUGUACAAGUGUAAAAUAUAUAAAUUUAAUUUCGUAGAACUGAAAUGA